GAGACUUGAGAGGUCCAUAAAGCUGAUAAGAUCGAAUUUCUGAUGAUAAGUGUCUUCUUUUUUCUUUCUUUUCUUGGGUGGACAUAGUUGUUUAAAGUUUUGUCAGUAUCUGGGAGUUUCUCUUACUGGAACAAGUGUCUGUGUUUAUCCAUAUGUUAUAAGGUUCAUGAACUGGAUUUGGACUAAAGUUUUUUUCCUUGGAGGGAACGAUGGAUUGAGUUAAUUAUCCGGUAUUAAAACUUUGGAGGAGGUUUUCUUUUCGCUUCUGUAGAUGAGACAGUUUCAAGAUUCUAAUAUAUGAUUGUGCGGGUAGGGUUUGUUGUUGCUGCUUCCGUUGCAGCAUUUGCUGUUAAGCAGCUCAACGGUAAACCCUCCAAACCGAGCAAACCAUCAGAAAAUGGCAAAGGAGGCGACAAAGAACAGGCCGUGUGUCCCAACAACAAUCUCAAUGAUAAGAAUGUGGAAGAGGAGGAGGAAGAAGAAGAAGAGGUGAAACUGAUCAACAGUGUAAUCAAUCAGACUCGUGGUAGUUUCUCGGACUAUUUAGAUGAUGAUGAUAUUUUACCCGAGUUUGAAGAUCUUUUAUCUGGUGAGAUUGAGUAUCCAUUGCCUAGUGAUGAUAAUAGCUUGGAGAAAGCAGAGAAAGAGAGGGAAUACGAGACUGAGAUGGCGUAUAACGAUAGUGAGCUUGAGAGGCUGAGACAAUUGGUUAAGGAGCUAGAAGAAAGAGAAGUGAAACUCGAAGGAGAAUUGCUUGAGUAUUAUGGUCUCAAAGAGCAAGAAUCGGAUAUCGUUGAGUUACAAAGACAGCUUAAGAUCAAGACUGUUGAGAUUGAUAUGCUGAACAUCACUAUUAAUUCUCUGCAAGCCGAGAGGAAAAAGCUUCAAGAAGAGAUCACGCAAAACGGUGUUGUGAGAAAGGAGCUUGAAGUUGCGAGAAACAAGAUUAAGGAGUUGCAGAGGCAAAUCCAGCUCGAUGCUAACCAGACCAAAGGACAGUUACUGUUGCUUAAGCAGCAUGUCUCGAGUCUUCAAAUGAAAGAAGAAGAAGCGAUGAAUAAAGACAGCGAAGUGGAUAGGAAGCUAAAAGCUGUACAGGGAUUGGAAGUGGAAGUUAUGGAACUCAAGAGAAAAAACAGAGAGCUUCAACACGAAAAGAGAGAGUUAACCAUUAAACUCGAUUCCGCAGAAGCAAGAAUUUCAGCUCUUUCAAACAUGACUGAGAGUGAUAAAGUGGCGAAAGUAAGAGAAGAGGUAAACAAUUUGAAGCAUAACAAUGAGGAUUUGUUAAAGCAAGUGGAAGGGCUUCAGAUGAAUAGGUUUAGUGAAGUUGAGGAAUUGGUUUAUCUCCGUUGGGUCAAUGCUUGUUUACGGUAUGAGUUAAGAAACUACCAGACACCAGCUGGUAAAAUCUCUGCUCGUGACUUAAGCAAGAACCUAAGCCCCAAAUCCCAAGCCAAAGCUAAACGGUUGAUGCUAGAGUAUGCUGGCUCUGAGCGUGGCCAAGGAGAUACCGAUGUAGAGAGCAACUUCUCUCAACCUUCAUCUCCUGGAAGCGAUGAUUUCGACAACGCUUCAAUGGACAGUUCCACAAGUAGAUUCAGUAGCUUUAGCAAGAAACCAGGACUGAUUCAGAAGCUUAAGAGAUGGGGCAAAAGCAAAGACGAUUCUAGCGUUCAAUCAUCACCUUCAAGAUCAUUCUAUGGUGGAUCACCAGGAAGACUUAGCGUGAGCAUGAAUAAACAGAGAGGUCCUUUAGAGUCUCUGAUGAUAAGAAACGCAGGAGAAUCCGUAGCCAUAACAACGUUUGGUAAAGUGGAUCAAGAAAGUCCAAGUACCCCUGAAACUCCGAAUCUUCCAAGAAUCAGGACACAACAACAAGCUUCUUCUUCUCCCGGUGAGCCUUUGAAUUCCGUUGCAGCGUCGUUUCAAGUGAUGUCUAAAUCCGUUGAUAACGUUUUGGAUGAGAAGUAUCCAGCGUACAAAGACAGGCAUAAGCUGGCGGUUGAGAGAGAGAAGCACAUUAAGCAUAAAGCUGAUCAAGCGAGAGCAGAGAGAUUUGGAGGUAAUGUGGCUUUGCCUCCCAAGCUUGCUCAAUUGAAGGAGAAAUCAGUUUUGGUUCCUUCAGUGAGAGUGACCACAAGUGAUCAGUCUAACGAUGGUAAUGGUAACGAAACUAAAGCCAGCGAAAACGCUCAAGCCGUGACCAAAAUGAAGCUUGUGGACAUUGAGAAACGACCUCCUAGAGUUCCACGACCGCCUCCAAGAUCAUCUGGUGGUAAAACUACCAAUGUGCCUUCCUCAAAACCUCCUUUACCUGGUGGUGGUCCACCACCACCUCCUCCUCCGCCUGGUGGUGGGCCUCCGCGGCCUCCAGGUGGUGGGCCACCGCCACCACCGCCUCCUCCUGGUGCACUUGGAAGAGGAGGUGGAAGCGGGAACAAAGUUCACCGAGCUCCUGAGUUAGUUGAGUUUUAUCAGUCAUUGAUGAAACGUGAAGCGAAGAAAGACGGUGCACCUUCUUUGAUCUCUUCAGGAACUGGUAAUUCAUCUGAAGCUAGGAGCAGUAUGAUUGGAGAAAUCGAAAAUCGAUCAACGUUCCUCUUAGCAGUAAAAGCGGAUGUAGAGACACAAGGUGACUUUGUACAGUCGUUAGCAACUGAAGUUCGAGCUGCUUCUUUCACAGACAUAGAAGAUCUCUUGGCGUUCGUGAGCUGGCUAGAUGAAGAGCUCUCCUUCUUGGUUGAUGAAAGGGCGGUUCUAAAACACUUUGAUUGGCCAGAAGGUAAAGCUGAUGCGCUACGAGAAGCAGCUUUUGAGUAUCAAGAUCUCAUGAAAUUGGAGAAGCAAGUGACUUCUUUUGUCGAUGAUCUUAAUCUCCCUUGUGAGCCAGCCUUGAAGAAGAUGUACAAGUUGCUAGAGAAGGUUGAACAAAGUGUAUACGCACUUUUACGUACAAGAGACAUGGCGAUUUCACGAUACAAAGAAUUCGGAAUUCCAGUUGAUUGGUUAUCUGAUUCUGGCGUCGUAGGAAAGAUCAAGCUUUCGUCGGUCCAGCUGGCGAAGAAGUACAUGAAACGAGUAGCUUACGAGCUUGAUUCAGUGAGUGGAUCUGAUAAAGAUCCUAACAGAGAGUUCUUGCUUCUCCAAGGUGUUCGAUUUGCUUUUAGAGUCCAUCAGUUUGCUGGAGGGUUUGAUGCAGAAAGCAUGAAAGCAUUUGAAGAGCUUAGAAGCAGAGCCAAAACUGAAAGUGGAGGAGACAAUAAUAAUAACAAUGAAGAAUCUGUAAACUGAGUUUAUUAUUUACAUUUUUCUUCGGUCUCUCUGUAUCAUUGUAUCCACACAUACUUGUCAUAUUGAAAUGAUUUAUAGUACAGUGAUUUUUAUAGACUAUUGUAAAAUUCAGUUUUUGUAAGUGUUUUUUUUUGUUAUUUAUAUACUACUAUUCUUA